AUGAAUUUGUCUGAAGAAUCAACUAUAAAUGUAGAGAUUAGGAGACCCAGAAAUAAAACUGAGACAAAAUGUAAGUCUUAAAGUCCAUAAGUAAAGCCUUAAUUUAUAUAAUAAUCAUUAUAACAUAAAAAGAGUAAAACAAAGGAAAGAUUAUAAUAAAAUUAAGAGUCAUUACCUAAUGUAACUAGAAAAUUAAAUCCUAAAUCAAUUAGUUUUUCAAAAAAGAGAAAUCAAUUCAAACCAGCUCCUUAAGAGUUUUGUUUAAAAGUAAUUAAAUAAGUUUACAUUAAAUAGUACUUUGUUGGAUGGGGUAAUAAUGAAGCUCUUGUAAAGCGAGUCAUGUCUAAAAGAACAUAAUGGAAGGAAACGACUGACUCUAGUUCAAUGUUUGUUAAUUUUAAAUGGCAAUAAAGUGAAAGAGGCUAUAGAUAUGAAAGAUUGAUAGUAAGUUAAAAUUAUAAAUAACUUGUUAAUCAUUUUGAACAUCAUAAGGAAAUUUCAAAUAAAUCUUAUCUUAUUAAAAAUCUGUCUUAAUACUGCGAAGUAAAUAUUGAUAUAUAUAUGUAUAUUAUUAGAAGCAUAAAUUAAACGUAUUUGAUUAUACUCCAUUAACAUUUGUAAUUGAUUUCAAUGAUGAGAAUUGUGAUUACAAUAUUACUUAAUUUCUAAAGACUUAUGAAUAAUUUGCUCCAAAAAAACCAACAGCAAAAUAGAUGUUAGACUUUAAGAGAAGAUUAAGAGGAAAUUUUACUAAUGCUUACUAAAGAGAUUCAAGUUCUUAGUUUUAAAAAAUUCAAAUGAAUAGUACAUUUUUAUCUGAAGAUUCUCCCUAUAUGUGGUUAUUAAAACCUACAUUUUUAAAUAGAGGAAGAGGGAUUUAAAUAUUUGAUAACUUAGAAACCUUAAUAAAAUUAGUGUCUGAUUUUUAAGAAGGAUUAAAAGAAAAAGCAUUGAAUUAAAAGGAUGAAUCUUCUGAUGAAGAAGAUCCUCCUAAGUAGGUUUAAAGUGCAUAAGGAACAAAAAAAGAUCCAAAUUAAUAUAUUAGAUAAUAACCAUCAGGACCUUGUAUUAUAAAAUCUCAUUCAUUUGUGAUUCAAAAAUAUAUUGAGAGACCAGCUUUAAUUAAUAAAAGAAAAUUUGAUAUUAGAGUUUGGGGGUUAGUAAAUCAUGAAUUAGAUGCAUAUUUUUUUUAAGAAGGAUAUAUUAGAACAUCUUCUGAAGAUUUUACUUAUAAUAUUGAGAAUACUUUUGUUCAUUUAACAAACAAUGCAAUUUAAAAGUAUUCAAAAAAUUAUGGAGAAUUUGAGGAUGGUAAUUAAUUAUCCUUUAAAAAUUAUUAAGAAUAUUUAAAAUCAUAGAAUAUUGCAUGUAAUGUUUAGGAUGUAAUUUAUUUUAUUAAUUUAAGCUUAUAAAUAAGAUGAAAGAAAGAAUUUGGAUGGUGUUUAAUUCUGUACGUAGUAAAAUUAAUUUUGAAGACAGAAAAUAUUGUUUUGAGAUUUUUGGAUUUGAUUUCAUAUUAGAUGCAGAUUAGGAAGUAUGGUUAAUUGAAGUUAAUACAAAUCCAUGUAUAGAAGAAUCAAGUCCAUUAUUAAAAAUGUAUAUUCCAAGAAUGUUAGAUGAUGCAUUCAAAUUAAGUCUUGAUAUUUUAUUUCCUCCAUAAUAGCCUCAUAAAUAAUCUUUACCAUAAAUUAGUAAUUAUAAAUUCUAAUUCAAGAUUAACUUCCAUAAAUAAAGGAAGAAUCACAUUCUGACUAUCCAGUCAUUGGCUAUCCUAAUGAUGAAAAUAUGUGGAUGUUAUUAGGCUCAUUAAAUGAUAGGAAAAUUAAAAAGAAGAAAUGA